AUGCCAGCGCCGAUAUUCGCGCACCUGCACUCCCCCCACGCGGGCGAGAACGGCUCGUCCAGCGGCCUGGAGGCCGUGGAGCUCAUCGACGUGAAGGCGGAGCGCCGGCUGCUGCUGCAGACGCUGCGCGAGAGCGGACGGCGGCUGGCCUGGCACUCGGAGGUGGCGGACCUGCACGCGUUCCGCAAGGUUUUGUCGUUUGGAUGUCGUGCGCUGCACUUCUCGGGCCACGGCGUGCCGGGCCAGGUGAUCUUCGAGACGCGCAAGGGCGAGGCGCAGUUCGUCUCGCAGAAGGAGCUGCAGGACCUGUUGCUGGCGGGGGGCGCUGAGAGCCGUCGCCCGAGACGCCGACGCGACAAAAAGAUACGCCAGAGACAGAAUCGACGACGUAAAAGUGCCGAAUCUAGUUCUGAAAGCGAAUCAAGUUCCAGUUCUAGUUCAAGUUCUGGAUCCAGUUCUAGUUCAAGUUCUAGUUACAGCAGCGAUGAUGAUGCUACGUCGGGGCUCUCCUUCACAAGUCACAGGGUUGAACGAGGCUGGGUGGCCUUGGACCCGCCUCCGCGGCCCAGAGUUCCGUUGCAGUUGGUGUUCGUGAGCGCGUGUCACUCGGAGAGUGUGGCCCAAGCUUUCGUGAGUGCCGGGGUGCCCCAUGUCGUGGUGGUCUCGAAGGAGGAGAAGGUGCUGGACCGCAAGGCCAUGGAGUUCGCCAAAGCGUUCUACACGGCGCUGUUUGCAGGCCACUCAGUGGCCAAGAGUUUCCAGAUCGGACGAGUGCAGGCGGACAUUGCAGUGACGAGCAACGGGAGUGGGGUGGGACUUGGAGGACGGUCGGAGUUCAAAUUGUUAGGCGACGGAGACCACAACGACGCACCCUUUAGAGAUGUGCCGGUGGGUGACUGUGUGGAGACCGACAUAGGCGGCAGGAGAGGAGGGAAGGUGACGGUGAACGAGUGCGAUGCUGUGGCCGAAGUUUUUGUCGGGAGAUCACUGGAAGUGCACCAAGUGUUCAAGUCGCUGGUCGAAGGAGCGCGGCUCGUGAGCAUCACUGGAGAGCGCGGGAUCGGCAAGACGGAGGUGGCGCUGCAGUGCGCCCAGUACGCCACUGAGCGUCGAGUGUUCAGCCACAUAUUUUAUCUUAGACUGAGCACGGACGACGAAGGAGAGGGGCCGAGUGACAAGGCGUGUAAGCAGCACGCUGAUCUUGAACCCGCGGUGCUUGUGGGAAAGUUUGCCAAGUGCUUGGGGCUUCAAGCGGCAUCCCUCGAUGAACUGGCCGAGCAGGCACGACAAUGUUGCGAGACAGAGACUCAGGGCGACGGAAGCAGUUUUCUCUUGAUUUUGGAUGGAUGUAAUCGUGCACAUCGACUGAACUCGAGGUUCCGUGCUAUCGUUGCGAUGUUACUGCGUCGCGUCAACUCACUCGCGCUUCUGCUGACGGGCGAUGGGAAGUUUGGGGUGAUGGACGGCGUGGGUGAAAAGAUCAUUCCUGUUGGGCCACUUCCACCGGCUGACGCUGCGCUGCUGUUCACCCUUCGAGCUCCGAGGAAGAUAAAGGCUCAUGAAAUGGGCGGUAGUACCGAUCUCGAAGCAUUUGGCGAGCACCCCAUUAUCAAGAGCCUACGUGGUCAUCCACGGACGAUCUGCGGGGUCUCGCAGUUCUUGGAGAAUAAAGAUAUGGAGCUGGAUCAGCACGAGUUCCUGAGCUACAUCAUCCCAUCGGUCAACACGGGGUUAUCUAUGAGCAAGUUGGGCGGUGCUGCGGCUCCUGAUUGCAGCUUGGAGCUGCGACACGACCAGGGAGUGCAUGCUCUAGCGCGGACACAAUCUGUUGAUGGUUGCUACUCUCAUUCUCACGAGCACCAUCAUCACCAUCACCACCAUGGGCAUGGACUCCCAUCUUGUAUCGAGGAGGGGAUGAAAUACCAGCAUCGACUACACGGUGCAAGCACGCACGAGUCUGCACUGCGCCGAAUGAAACCCGUUGCAUCCCACUCGGAUAUUUUCACAGCCAAAUCUCCUUUAGGACUGUCAACAGGUCAACAAGCGAAAAGCAACAGUGGCGACGCGCUCGGCUUUCCACCAGCCAGCAGCCAUACACUUGUAUCGUCGCGGAGCGAGCCAAGUCUCACCGGUGCAAUCACAGAGCCGACAACUUCGCUUCAGCAGCUCUGCCUGCUUAAGGUAGCGGAUCACGUGAGACCCAUUAUUCAGAGUGAAGGCGGCAGCUUGGUUUGGGCUCGAGCUGUGGUCAUCAAUGCUACCCUUCCGAGUCUUAACCCUGACGGAGGGUCAAGAGACAGCUACUCAGCGGCUGUAGUGCGUCAAUUACAAGAGCUGAAGGACAUCCCUCUGGACUGGAUAGCGCCGCAAGUGAGCUGUUUCUUCGCGACCAAGCUCAAGGGAGACGCUGCGAGGCGUCCUUUGUCUACGCGUAGCAUCGAUUUCCUGAGCAAGAGCUCGCUCAUCUGGGGCCGCGAGGGCAUUGCACCUGCUCAACGCGGUGGGGCAGUGAGUUUGCGCAUGUUCGCUGCGUUCUGGGGAUGGUUCCGCCCGCUUGUUGACUGCGUCUUGUACUCGACACUAUGGCCGCACACGGAGCCGCGUUUGCUGCAUGGGUUCCUGUCCAAAGGUGCCUGUGUCAGUAUGCUCGAGAGCGCUCCUCCAGGGACGUUUCUACUGCGGUUCAGUGAGACGCGUAUGCGCUGCAUCGUUAUCGUGUACGUGCGCGACGACCAAUGCGUACAAUUCGUGCCGGUGAACUGGCAGCCAGAACGUGGAGACUGGUUCGUUGCACUCCAAGGAGGGGCGAAUAGUGGUGCUGCUGAAGGCAACGGCGUGACAUUCCCGACGCUGCAGGAGUUGAUUCUCAGCGUCAACGUACUGAAGUUCCUCUUCCCGCAAACACCGAAGGAAGCAGCCUUCACGCUGCAAGCUUAG